AUGGACCCUUCCGUUGUAGCCUUAUCAUCAUCAUUGGUUUUAUUUGUAAUCGGCUGUUGCACUUCGUUGUGUUAUAUCUUGAUCAUCCUCUUUGCCCCUGAAGCCCUGCAGGGUGUCCAACAUGAUAACCCUUCACCACAAGUGCAUGGACCCGACGGCCACCCACAAUCCUAUCCACCUGAAGGCGACACAUCUACGGAUAAACCUCCUGAAGGCUAUCCACCUGAGGGUUAUCCACCUAAACGUUUUCCUCCUAAGGCUCCUUCGGGAAGGCAUGAACAGUCCAAAAGCCAUAAAUCUGAUCGAAGCCUGGAGCAGCAGAAAGGAGCAAAGACUUCCAAAGGAGGUUUGGAAUCGGCCUCCAAAGGAGGUUCAAAAUCAAAGGAAAAUGAGCAGCAAUCGGAGGAAGGAGUGCCAGACAAAAGGAGCCGAAAUCAAAAGAAAGGAAAGAAAAGUUAA